UCCUCGUGAACCUCCCACAAAUAAUCGCAGCGACCGCCUCCAAAAAGCUUCCUCACGACACCACAUUCACAUGCACGCAACGUAAUGCACAGAAGCUUAACUUCCUUCUCACCGUCCUCUUAAACCUCGACCUUGGAUUUCUAUAUAUACGCGCAAUGGCUUCAACCAACUUACAAACUAAGAUAUCGUCAUGGAAGAGGAGAAACCUGAAUCGUCGAUCGAGUUCGAGGACUUGUUGCCUGUGAUGGUGGCGCGGCUAGGCACGGAGGGGCUGAUGGAAGAGCUGUGCAAGGGGUUCCGACUGCUCAUGGAUCCGGCGAAGGGUGUCAUCACUGCGGAAAGCCUCAGGCGAAGCUCUGCCACUGCACUUGGACUCGGCGGCUGCAUCACCGAGGAGGAGGCGGCGAGUAUGGUGAGGGAGGGUGACCUCGACCGGGAUGGUGUGUUGGACCAGAUGGAGUUCUGUGUGCUCAUGCUCAGGUUGAGCCCUGAGCUCAUGGAUAUGCAUGAGAGAUGGUCUUAAGUUUCUUGUAACUGCUGCUUAUUUUCUCUAAGAAAAAUAAAUUAGAGCAUUCAAAUCUAUUAA